GUAUCCGCGAGGAUCCCCCCACACCUUGCGACCUGCGUUGUCACCCACCCAUCAAGGUUGGGGCCGCCAGCAGGUUCAGCCGUUCCUGUUCUUGAUAAAACGAGAGAAGGAUGGCGGCAGUGUCUCAGGGAGCUGUCCUAUUCUUGUUUCUCCUCCUCGUCGCAGCAGAGGUGGGAACCAUCGAUGCCAAAAUGGGAGUAGCCAUGCCCAUGCAUGCCUUGAUAAUGGAGAACGUGAAACAGCAGGAGAAGGAGAAGGAGAAGGAGAAGGAGGAGAAAAGCACGGAGAAGGAAGAGAGUCGAUGCUUAUCGCAGAGUCUCCAGUUCGAGGGCUUCUGCUUCAACAGCGACAGAUGCGCCGAGGUGUGCAUGAAGGAGAGCUUUCCCGGUGGCGAGUGCAAGCGGGACGUGGCCAUGCGCAAGUGCUUCUGCAAGAAGCCUUGCUAGUUCAUCGGUCUUGCUAAUUGUUGAUGGGUGCUUCAUUAAUUUGAUUUGAUGGGUCUCAUGGCUACGAGAAACAAAACUACUUUUGAUAAAAUGCAGGGCAUGAAAAGCGUUUCUGCAGUCCUUAAA